AUGGCCUCUGCAAAUGACAAUGCAGACAAUGCAGCACCUCUCUUUACUGCAGUCUCAGGUUCUGCCCGACAGCUCUUUCAGCUUCUUCGCUGCAUCAAUUUCGUCUCCAAAAGUCAUGUUCAGAUUACAAAGGAAGGGCUACGCUUCACAACGGAAGAGUCCCAAGUAAUGCAAGGUAUCGCCUUCCUUGACAAAGCACUAUUUACGGCAUAUACGUACUCUCCUCCCGCCCACGAAGACACUGAAGAUUUUGAGCCAGCUCCCUUUCAAAUAUCUCUUUCAUCUCUUCUCGAAACCCUUCAAAUACUCGGCAUCUACGAAAGCAAGGAUCGCUGGUCCAACCGUGACUCAAAUUACAAUGGCAUCAACGGCUUCUCUUCACGCGGUGGACCAACCGGAGCUUUCGACAACCGCAUCCUGGGUAUGAAUGGUAUUUGCCGCUUAAGCUAUGCUGCUGCAGGCGAGCCUCUAUGCAUCAUCUUGGAAGAAACUGGAGUGACAACAACGUGCAACUUAGUCACAUACGAACCCGAAUUCCAGGAGGAGAUCCCGUUACAGAAAGACGCCAUAGCACAGAAAAUCAUAAUGCGGGCAGGCUGGCUGCACGAUGCUAUUAACGAGCUCUCGUCUACAUCUCCUACACGGCUGACUAUUGUCUCUUCUCCUACGGCGCCAUAUUUUACGCUUUCGUCUAGCGGGCCACUGGGCUCGGCAACUGUUGAGUUCAGCAAAGAUCCCCAGCUGCUUGAGACAUUCCAGGUACCGAGAAGGACAGUGAACACAUACAAAUACUCGCUCAUCAAAGGUGCGAGUAGAGCCAUGGCCAUCGCAUCUAAGGUUAGUAUCAGAAAUGACGAACAGGGAGUGCUGAGCCUGCAAUUCAUGAUCGAGGUAGAAGGUGGAGGCUUCAGCUUUGUGGACUUUCGUUUUGUACCCUUUAUACCUGAAGAGGGCGAAGGUGAAGAGGAGAGCGAAGUUGGUGAAGCAGAGCGUUUCGAGUAA